AUGUUCUCUAAGGCUCUUUUGUGUUGCCUGGCUGCCUACGUAGCUGCUCAAGUUGCUGUGGAGAACAACCCUCCUCAACCCUACAAUUUCGCCUUCGACAACACUGAUGAGUUUGGUACACGUCUGACACGCCAAGAAACCGGUGACGAGUUCAAUGGCAAGGUUGGCUCCUACAGCUACACGGACGCCGCUGGUGUCUAUCGUACUGUCAACUACGUCGCCGACGCUGCUGGUUUUCGCGCCACGGUCAACACCAACGAACCAGGCACCAAAACUUCUGAGCCAGCCGACGCCACAACCGUCUCCGCCGCCGUUGAAGGCCCACAUCCUGUGUCUGUGAAGGCUGUACGCCCAGCCUCAGUGGUUGUAAAGGCUGUUGGCCCAGCUCCAGUUCUUUUGAAAGCUGUUCAUCCAGCCCCAGUGGCUUUCCAGGCUGUCCAUGCCUCCCCUGUGGCUCUGCAUGCUGUGCACGCUGGUCCGGUAGCCUACGCUCAACAAGCUGCGCCAGUCGUGUACGCUCAGCAUGCCUCUCCGGUGGCUUACUCUCUGGGUAACGCUCCACUUACCUACACCCUCGGCAAACGUGCCUAAUUAAUCAUUGAAGUCUAACAAUAAAGAGUCAUUAUCAAAU